AAUCGUUCAAUGCACGGAGGCAACCUUUGAAAAAGUACCGCAAUUUCAACGGAUAAUCUUUAAAUUCAGCCAUAUUCAUGAUAAAUCUUACCAUGGAAUUGAAAGACAAUGGAGAGAUGUAUAUUUUUGGCAGGUUUGAAUGAAUAGAUAUUCUACUAAAGGACUGGAUUAUCGACUUGAAAAGUGACCUUCCAAAAGGCAAACCUCUAGGAAAUAGUUCACUGGCACAUAUCUAGAUGGCGCAACACGUCCCAUAAUAAACAUAACCACGUGUUGACAUACAGGACCUUGCUUCUGCAUGGUUUGGCAGCUAGUUGCAGAGACUUUAUAAACUACUUUAAUCACUUAUUCACAGACAAUGAGUGUCGACGUUAAAACACCAACUAGAACUCAAUUUGAGCAUGCUGAAUUCCAUUGUGGAGAAAAAAUGGAAACGUCUGAAACAAGUGUUACAACAGAAGAACUCCGUGCGUCUGUUGAAAAGUUUACUACAGCAGUACAGCAACAUAAAGAUGCAUCACAUGGAAGCAAACAAAAUGUUAAACAAAACUUACAAAGACAAAUGUCUGCUCCUUUUUGUCAUCUGAACAACUCUCAGAAAAAGCGAAGAUAUUCGCAAAGUAAUCAACACUUCAAAAGAAGGAAAUACAGUAACAAAGAAAAAAUGGUGUUACCUACUCGAUUUUUACUUGGUGGGAAUAUCAAUGACCCUCUUAAUCUAAACAGCAUGAUUGAUGAUAAGGAGGUGAAUAGAAAAAUGAAUGCUGAAACUCCACAAUCAUCACCAUUACCACCACCAUUACAUAGACAAAACAUUGAGGUUAGAAUGCCAACAAACAUUAGUGACCCAUUAAACCUUAACAGUGGAGAUGACAUUCUAGUUUCACCAAAAUCUGGUAGUAAGAAAAAGAAACGUAAUAAAAGUCGUAAAAAAUCCUCAAUGGAUGAUAAUACCACACCAUGCCAAGAUGAUUCAUUACAAAAUGAACUAUUUGUUGACACAGAAACACCUAACAAAGCAACAGUAAGAAAAGAUGAAAUUGUAUCACCUGUUAUUCCACAAGCUUCUCCCAAGGCACGUCGCAAGAAACAUCAUAGUAGUGGAGAUGGAAGACCUGAGCCAAGUAGCAUUGUAUCAAGAAGCCUUCUGAGGGAGGACUCCAACAAAUCAGAAAGCAAGACCCAACAACAAAAGUCAAGUCAAAAGAAAGGAAAUAAGUUUGUAUAUGGUAACUAUAAUCGUUAUUAUGGAUAUAGGAACCCUCACUCGGAAGAGGAUAAUAGACUCAACUUGAUGAAGUCAAGGUGGUUCGAAGAUAUGGAUGUCUUGGACAUUGGAUGUAAUGUUGGACAUAUUACUCUGUCUAUAGCUAGAGAUUUCAAACCCAAGAAAAUAACAGGGAUAGACAUAGAUAGUAAUCUUAUAUCCAUCGCAAGGAAAAAUAUCAGACAUUAUAUCUCUAAGGAAAAGCAUGGUGCUAGUGACUACCCUGUGUCAAUGUCUGUUUGUUAUGGACCACUUGCUGCUCCUAAGGUGCCUAUUGCAGAAUCCCCCGGAUACCCUAACAAUGUCAUGUUUGUUCAGGGGAACUACGUGCUAGAGAGUGACGAACUAUUAGAUCUCCAGAAAGAAGAAUAUGACAUUAUCAUGGCCCUCAGCAUUACCAAGUGGAUACAUCUUAAUUGGGGAGAUGCAGGAAUGAAACGCUUCUUCAAACGUAUAUCUAGGCAGCUGCGACCAGGUGGACGUUUCAUCUUAGAACCGCAGGCAUGGGCGUCAUAUAAGAAGAAAAACACAUUGACAGAGACGAUCCAAGAGAAUUACAAGAACAUUAAAUUCAAGCCUGAACAGUUCACAGAAUACUUACUCUCAAGAGAAGUUGGUUUCUCUACCUGUGAAACAUUGGAUGUACCCUUUAACAAGUCUAAAGGGUUCCGUAGAUCCAUGUUGAUGUUCAGAAAGACCGACACAGCAUUCAAUACUCCUAUGGACACCCCAUAUGGCUGGGGUACCCCUAUAGGUCUGAGACCAGACACCCCUCUCAGACACCUCAAGAAGCAAAGGUUGGACACUCCUGAUAAAAACACACCCACUGAGAUGGAGAUGUUUGGUUGGGGUACUCCAGUAGGCUUGAGACCUGACACCCCUUCUACACCAGUAGUAGGUGCCAUUUCAGGUACUAACACCCCUGAUAGUAGAGAGCCCCCUGGCUGGGCCACACCUGAUGAACCUGAUACCCCUUUUAGUCCACCUGCCUUGAUAGCUUCACAUGGAAUACUAAAUGGACUGCAGAGUAUUCCGGAGAACACUACCAGUGCCCCUAUUGGUCAGAAUAAUAGUCCCAGUCCCCUUAUUGGUCAGGACAAUAGUGCUAGUAAUCCUAAUGGUGAAGACAAUAGUGCCAGUAAUAAUAUUGAUGAGGACAUCAGUGCCAGUAUUCCUAUUGGUCAGGAAAGUAAUGCAAGUGCGAAUAUCAGUCAGGAAAAUGAUGCAAGUGUGAAUAUUGGUCAUGACAUUAGUGCCAGUGCUCCUACUGGUGAGGACAAUAGAGCCGAUACCCCUACUACUCACCCAGAAACCAGCACACUUGCAAUUCCAGCCUUUGAGAAGAAUGAUUAAUGUACAUGUAAUUCAUUUAUUCAGUCUUUCUUGGUAGCAUGUCAGUACCAAAAAGAUAAUAUCCUUUAUAAGCAUAAUUAAUCAUGUGCUUUACAUUAAUGUGCUUUGCAAAUUCAUGUGAUUUUUUCAUACAUUCGAUUGUAUUGUAAUUUCCCAACUAUGCCAAUGUUCAAUAUACAGGCUUUAUAUUUUGAUAUAAAACUAUGGUGAAUGGUUUGAUCAAGUUUAGUGAAUGCCCCUGUAACAUGUUUGGACCAUGUGAGCUUAAAAGCUGCAGAAUUAUUAUGCAAUUAUUUUUAUAUUGAUCAGGCAUUGUGCAUUGUGUGCUUCAGAUUAAUAGACAUUGUAUGUAUCAAUUGAUCCAGAUAUUUUAAAAAGAGGAUGAGGUACAUGUUCAACUUUUCUUCAAGAAUAUUGAUCUCCAUGGAUGGUCUUUAUAACUAGCUUUACAAAAGAGAUUUGAGGAUUGUUCUCAAAAUGACAUCUUUUCUGAUCUCAUUUCAAUAGGCAUAUUCAGUCCCUCAACAAUCCACUUCAUAACAAUGUCCAAAGGUUCCAAAUAAUAGGUCAUUUAACCAAAGAUACAGACAGUGCAACUUUUUAUGUCACCACCAGAAGUG